UCCACGCGUGCGCGCGUGCGGCUGACGUGGCGCGCGCCGAGCAUUGGCUGCUCGACAUGAUCGACAGGGGCGUCCAGCCGAACGUCUUCAGCUUCAACGCGGUGCUGGCGGCAUGCGCGGAGUCGGAGGACCUCGCGUCCGCGGAGAGGUGGUUCGGGCGCAUGGAGCGAGCCAUGCUGCCACCCGACGCCGUCAGUUUCCGCACGAUGGUGGGGGCGUGCGCUCGGACGGGCAAGGCUGGAGCGGCCAAGGCUUGGCUGGCGAGGAUGCUGGCGGCGUCCUUCGCCCUGGACGUGGUGGCGGGCAGUUCGGCGGUGGCCGCUUGCGCCGCCAGCAGUGACCCCGGCGGCGCCGAGGGCUGGCUGCGCCGGAUGGAGCAGGCCGGGCUCAAAGUCGGGCGGGCAGGCUACGACCCUGUCGCCCGAGCCUGGGCGGCCGGCGGCCAGGGUGUGCCGCCGUCGCCGCUCCGAGCCGAGGGCUGGCUGUGGAAGGCCCUGGAGGCCGGAGUCGAGCCCACGGACGCGGCCCUCCUCGCAACGCUGGCCGCCUUCGCUCGGGCCGACGACGCCGAGGGUGCGCAGCGCGUGGCCGACCUCAUGCGGCGCCUCGGGCGCUGGCCCAGCCCGGCGGCGACGGCGGCACUCGCGGCGCCGCACGCGGGGGCGGGCGAGUUCUGGCGGGUCGAGGAGCUGGUGGAGGACCUGAGGCGCGACGGCGGGAAGCCCGACGCCGGGUGCCUGCGCGCCCUGCUGGCCGCCUACGCGAGGGCACCGGAGCCUCCCCGGGACGGCAGGGCCGAGGCCUGCUUCCGGCAGCUGCUCGCCCUCGACGCCGGCGCGGCGGGCUCCUGGAGCGAGGCGCUCGGAGACCUGCGCCGGGCGCUGGGGCGGCAGAGGUACGCUGGAGCGGCAGCGGCGCUGUCGCUGCCGUCGCACCCCAGGAUCCGCCGCCAGGACCACGCCAGAGGCAGAGUCGUCGGCGCCAGCGAGGUAAUCGGGCCGUGCGCGGAAAGGCCGUCCGGCUCGGCAGGCCGCUCGCCUUGACCCAGCCCGCCCCGAGGGGCAGCAGUCCCGAGGCCCAACUCGCCAUGUCCACGAGGGUCAGGGCCAUCAUAAGCCACCACUAUACUCAGCCGCCGGCACAGCAUACUGGAGUUCUGAUUUUUGAAUGCUCAGGGCUGCGGUCGUGGGGCUGACUAGGAGCUCUGUGGCGGCCAAUGGAUCCAUGCACGACUGGAGUCUUCCUUUCCCUGGUGACGCGACACUGCGUCGGCUUCUUGGUUGCGCAAUGUCUCGGAUGUUGUGUAUUGAUGCUUCCAAAUUGUAGUUGGUGUGGUAUUGCCACCCAUGGCGCCAGUCUCCCAGAGUGCACUCCGUUGUUUUGUUCUGGUUGUGCUGGCCGUGCUCAUUGAGCCACUGCUUCCCACGUACGUUUCGCAUUCCAUUCAGCAUCGACACAGGCUUGUCCAACACCCACAAUGUCCGAGCCCGUUGGCGCUUUGUGUAGCACUCCCAGAGGGUAGAGGAUGUCAUUACCUAUGGCAGGAAACCGUCGUAAGAGUCCAGGAAGCGUGUCGGCCCACCCGGCCGAGUAUGCAACAGAUUGCGUUCGAGCAGCAUUCCGUAAGCCGGCGAUUCCCAAGGCGCAAUGGCAGCCCGAAUUGUUCGACUCAAGUGGUACAUCGUCCCCCCACGCAAUCGGCCUUACCAUGCCUGUUCUGACAUAGUUCUUAAAAUUAUUGACGCUUCGCGUAUCCCCAUCAGCCUUUUUGCAGCCCCGCCUCCACUCCGGCGACUUCCUGGUCCCGUUCUGAGUGCCGGUUCUCGGCCUGCUUCUGCUUGGCUAAUUAGCACCUCGUGCGGCCCGCCUGGACUUUGACACGCCGCUGUUGCGCUCUCGCCCGCGGCUGUUGAC